AUGGCGCCGUUUACGGAAUACAGAUGGAUUCAAGGUCCUGUGGGGGAAAUGCUCCGCUCGUCGUCGCUUGCCACCACCGCCACAGUGCCUUUGCAAGGGCAUCUUGUCGUCACAACAGGGCAUGUUGGGGUCGACCUAAAAAGCGGCCAACUCGUGCAAAGCUCAAUUGUCGACGAGUUCCACGCCAUUUUUAAUUGUCUAGAUGCAGCACUUCAAGAUGCAGGAGUUAAGACUGGCCUCGCAGGAGCACAUAAGGUUGUGGCUUACUUCACACGGGCAGAAGACGAGGCUACAAUGCUGGAGCUCUUUCGAGGAAGAUAUCCUGGCCAUUCACCGACGUGGACAUCAGUAGUUGUUGCGGGUUUAGUGGUGCCUGGCAUGCAUGCGGAAGUUCAAGCCGAAGCUGUCCGGUUUGACUAA